CCCGGGAGGCGGAGCUUGCAGUGAGCAGAGAUCCGGCCACUGCACUCCAGCCUGGGCGACAGAGCGAGACUCCGUCUCAAAAAAAAAAAAAGAAAAAAAGAAUGUAGGAACUGAUUGAAUAUCGAGGUUAAUGGAGAGCAAGGGGUCUAGGGAUUCUGGUAAAGAGGGGAGGGGUUAGGGAGUACAUGAAUUAGAAGAGAUGUUGGUAACUUGUUCAGUUUGAGGUAUUAGUGGGUACUAGGAGGCCUAGGGCAGGAGCUACAAUGUAAAGGCCCAGAAUCCUAGCCUCCUGGGGGGCUGAGAACCCCCUUCCUGGGUUGCAAGCCCUCUUAUCCCAGUUCGUGAGACCCUCCAACAAGUGCCAUGUCUGAGUCCCUGUCUCUGUCGCUGGGUGUUGGCAGCCCCCUCGUCCCCAAUGCCCUCCUCCACUUGGCUUCCCGGGUGUUCGGAGCCUCCUCCCUCCCACAAUCCGCGGGCGUUCGGAACCCCUCCCCCACCGCUCACCGGGGGCGCUCGGAGCCCGUCCCCGCCCCUACAGUCCUCGGUCCCUAGUUCCCGCUAGGGAUGGAGGCGCGGACUCUGGCGGGCGCCUUCGUCCUGGCGCUCUGGGUUUGGGCGCGGGCUCCGGCGGGGGCCGUGGACGCUAUGGGCCCUCACGCGGCCGUCCGUCUGGCCGAGCUGCUGACCCCGGAGGAGUGCGGCCAUUUCCGGUCGCUCCUGGAGGCGCCCGAGCCCGACGUGGAGGCCGAGUUGUCCCGGCUUUCUGAGGACCGGCUGGCGCGGCCCGAGCCGCUCAACACCACGUCGGGGUCUCCGAGCCCGCGGCGGCGGCGGCGUCGGCGGCGGCAGCGAGAGGCGGCCAAGGACCCGGCAGGCUGGGCAGCCGGGCCCGGAGAGGUGUCUGAUGGCUGCCGGGAGGCGCUGGCGGCCUGGCUGGCCCCCCAGGCCGCGUCCCUGUCCUGGGACCGCCUGGCCCGGGCCCUGCGGCGCAGCGGCCGCCCCGACGUGGCCAGGGAGCUGGGCAAGAACCUCCACCAGCAGGCGACGCUGCAGCUGCGCAAGUUCGGGCAGCGCUUCCUGCAGCGGCCCAGCGGCGCCGCCCGCGCGCCCCUUGCCCCGGCCCCGCGCCCCCGGCGUGCCGCGGUUUCAGCGCGGGACUGGGACGCCCUGGAGCUGAUUGUGGAGCGCCUGCCGCAGCCCCUGUAUGAGCGGAGCCCCAUGGGUUGGGCGGGGCCGCUGGCGCUCGGCCUCCUCACCGGUUUCGUGGGGGCGCUGGGCACUGGGGCGCUGCUCGUCCUGCUCACGCUGUGGAUCACCGGCGGCGGCGGCGACGGCGACGAGGCGUGGCCCGGCAGCCCCAGCCCGCUCGUCACGGUGCAGGGCUGUUGGGAAACAAAGCCGCUCCUUCCUAAAGAGUGGCGCGCACCCCCGCGAGCCUGGGCUGCAAAUGGGCCAGAUUCUCCCUCACCUCACAGUGCCCCUGCCCUCAGCUGUAAAAUGGGAGCCCAGUCUUGGGAGAGUGGUGCUUUGGACGGUUUAUAAACGUUAUGAAAUACCGAAAGGGCAGAGUUUGUUAAUUCGAUGGAAAGGAGCAGCAAAACUCGUGGGACUGCCGGUGGAAGAGGGGCUCAGGUACCAGGCCCCAGGGUGGCAGGUGCACCAACCAAUUCUUGUCAACUUAGUUUUUUUUUUUU